AUGCUGGAAGUCAACAUAGAACCCGGAGGGCGCCCGCGUUGGCUGGUGCUGCCUCACGCCCACGGUCCCAACGUCAAUGUCAAACUAGAGGCAGUUGUCAAACAGCCCAGAGAGAUCAAGACCAAGAAGAAGUUCCUAGUCAAGGUGGGCGUGUGGGUGUGCGGGCGUGUGUGGCGUCACGCGGCUUUAGGUCACGCUAUCACGCCCCUCAGGGAGCCCGGCAAUCCUGUCACUGCCCAGCUGCUCCAUCACACGCAGCUGACGGAGGACCUCGGGCUGGUGGAAGUGAGCCUGAGGUGCGACUACUCCGACAACCUCAUGAAGCAGGUGGUGGGCACGUCUAUGGCUGAGGUCAUCCUUACCCUCGAAGUCCUCAGAGCUAAGAACCUGCGCCCUUUCAACCCGGGAUUGCUGUCCAAGGCUAAGCACUCCAAAAAGAAGGAGCACGCUGAGGUGGUUUGUCGGGUUGGGUUGUGGGUGAAGGGCGAGAGAAUCGAAAGAAAGUCGUCCACGCCAGUCAAACUCCCAGUCACUCACGACCCAGUCAUUCGUAACCGUUCUGUGUUCAACAUUCCUCGGGAUCAUCUUCAGAAUGCUGCCCUCAUCGUCAAGGUCCUGUACACCUCGAAGUGGGCGGGCGAGGAUACAGUGGGACGCGUAAAGCUGGGUCCUCUCCUGUACUUGGGGACGUCGCCCGACCAAGCGUCCGUCAACCCUCAGCCGGACUACAACACGUCCAUCACGCUCUCCCACUGGGGCCAGGCUCUCAAAACACCUGGGCCGGUCACCAUGUGGCACCACUUGCAGCUGUGAUUCCUUUUUUACGAGUCGUAGCAUUAUCAGAGUAUCGAGUUGUUACGGGCAAAUGGUGCAGUAUCCUAGGGCGCUAAAGUCUCAGGGCGCCAAACAAAUUCUGGACAAUUUAGUCAGAGCUACAGGCUCAGUUAUCUUAUUAAUGUGGUCAGAGAACAUAUAAAAGAGGCUGCCUUGUGUGCAUCAGUUUUGCAGUCGCCCGAAUAAUCUGGUGUAAUUGUCUUACCAUAUUUAUUAGCGCAUGUAUAUAUCUUGCUUUGCGUACGUUUGAUAGCUAUGUAUAGCAUUACUACUCUUAGUGUUAAAGAUCCUGGAUAGGAGAACAAAUAUUUAGCUUUAAAGUGAGUGAAAGAACAUCGGUUGUAAGAAUUGGUGUACUAUAUAAAUUGAUGAGUGUCUUAUUGUAUAUCAUUUUAUCUCAGGUUAUGGUUGCUAUAACCUAUCGACAUGUUAUAUUUUGAAGAAAUAUAUUUUGAUUUCUCA